AUGACAAAAGUACUUUCUCCUGUAAGUUCUGCUGUUCAAGCGAUAUCAUCUCGUACAGACCAGUAUUUUCACAAUGUUACUUCCAAUAAAUCAGUUGUCAGAUCCGUUGACCAUAAUGUUGGCUCUGAAGAAGCCCUUUUAGCUGAAAUUGGUUAUAAGCAAGAAUUGAAAAGACACUACAACACUUUAGAAACUUUUGGUAUAGCUUUCAGUAUUAUGGGACUUUUACCUUCUAUUUCCUCAACAGUUGCGGGAGGUUUGGAAUGUGGACCAGGUGGGCUAGUAUGGGGCUGGCUUUUUUCUGGUUUUUUUGUGCUAUUGAUUGGUAUUUCAAUGACUAUGUUAGCAUCAUCAUUACCAACAUCUGGUGGGUUGUAUUACUGGACCAACUUCUAUUGUCCAGACAAAUACAGAGUACCAUUGUCCUUCGUUAUUGGAAUAUCCAAUUCUUUAGCUCUUUGUGGUGGUUUAUGUUCGAUAUCAUAUGGGUUUGCUGCUGAAGUGUUGGCAGCCGUUAGUGUGAACAAUGAUGGGGCGUUCUCCAUUACUCAAGGCAAGCUAUAUGGUGUUUUUGCAGCCUGUGUAAUUUGUGCAUGCGCACUUUGUUGCAUAACUACUAAACACGGUAGUUACUUGCAAACCCUUUCCAUCUUUGUCAACUCGUUUAUUAUUAUUUUGUUUUUCAUCGCAGUACCAAUUGGUGCUAGCAAACAUGGAUUUAACGAUAGAGGUUUCAUCUUUGGUGAUUUGACAAAUGUCCGUACUUGGCCCAAGGGAUGGAGUUGGAUGCUUUCUAUGAUGCCGGCCAUUUGGACAAUUGGGGGCUUCGACUCUGUUGUGCAUAUGUCCGAAGAGUUGAAGUCCAAGAAAUCUAUUCCAUGGGGUAUUUUAGGAUCAAUUAGCGUCUGUUGGAUCGUUGGAUGGUGUAUCUGUGUUGUCAUCGUCGCAUGUAUUAAAGGCGGUGAUAUUGCAGCAGUUCUUGAAUCUGCAACCGGCUCACCAAUGGCUCAAGUCAUCUACGAUGCGUUAGGAAAAAAGUGGUGCGUUGCUUUCAUGUCGUUGAUUUCUUUGGGACAAUUCUUAAUGGCUUGUUCUAUUGCAUUAGCCGCAUCCAGACAAAUUUGGGCAUUUGCUAGAGACGAUGGUACUCCAUUUAUUUAUAGAAUCAUCAAGUAUGUUGAUCCAAGAGUUAAGGUACCAAUUAAUGCCACUAUAUUUGCUGCAGCCCUUUCUUGUUUUAUUGGGUUAUUGAUCUUGAUCAAUACCACGGCUGCAAACGCAUUGUUCUCAUUAGCUGUUGCCGGUAAUUAUUUGGCUUGGGGUAUGCCAGUUUUCCUUGUGCUUUUGCCCUACGGGAAGCAAAAAUUUGUUCCAGGCCCAUUUCAUUUUGGUCCCGUUGUAUCUACCAUUAUCAAUGUUCUUACAGUACUGUGGAUUGUGUUUAUUAUUGUAUUGUGUAUGUUCCCUGAUAACAAGAGUGUCACCAAAGAAACCAUGAACUAUACUGUGGUAAUCAACUGUGGAAUUUGGUUGUUGGCUGUCAUAUAUUAUUUUGCUUACGGUUACAGAAUAUACAGCGGACCUAAAUCUAACUUGGAUACAAUCGAUGGUGAAAGUGAGAGUAAUGACAAUUUGGAUCAGAUUUUGGACGAGAAGGCUUAA